GGGUGUGAAGAAUGCAAACAAUGUUCUGAAGAGAGAUCCUUAAAUAAGUAUGAUAUACACAGUGGUCUGGCUAAUCAUGAUCAAAAUGGCAUGGUUCAUGCAGCAUAUACAUAUACUCAUGUAUAUAUCGGAAAGCAGGUAUCAGAUGUCUCAGUAAGCAGUGUAAUACAUAAUUAA